AUGACAAAUUAUCAUAGAGUAUGUUUUAUCGCUUUUUUAGGGGCUGCGCCAUUAACGGCAAUAUUGGAAUAAAUAUACUAACUAAUAUUCCAGAUAAGUACGGAUGAUGAAGGUAAUAAUAUAAAUAAUACGGUAAUAGAGAAUUCAAAUAAUGAAGAUGAUAUGGAAGAACCAAUACUAGGUUCUUCAGCAGAUUUAUCAAAUAAUACCAACACCGAUUCAAAUCUAGAUUUAGAAAAUCAAGGUGAUACAACUUAUCCAUCACGAUUAUCAUCAAAGCAAAGAAUAGUUCGUUUUUUGCACCACUUUGUACCCAUUAAACAAACAUAUGAAAGAUUAAAUAAUGGUUUAAACACUGGUAGAUUACAAACUAAUUUACCUGGUAGAUUUAUUGGACAAGGUACUGAUGGUGUUUUUAGAAAUUUAAUGGCUAAACCUGAUACUGAAUCAAAUAGAAAUAGACAAGAACAAGAAUUACAUCCACCAACUUAUGAAGAAGCAGCUGCUGAUUCAUCGCCUGAAUAUUGGGAAUCAACAAUGAUUUCACCAAUGUAUGAAGAUGAAGUAUUUGUACAAGGUUUACCAGUAGGGAAUAUUGCAAAUUUUGUAUGGAAUGCUUUAGUUACUGUUGCUUUUCAAUUUGUGGGUUUCAUAUUAUGUUAUUUACUACACACUUCUCAUGCUUCAAAACAAGGUUCAAGAACUGGGUUGGGAAUAAAUUUAAUUUUAUAUGGUUGGAAUUUAAUACCUUCAAAUUUUGGAAGUUCAAAUCAAUUACCAAAGAAAAUUAUACCCAAUGAUCCAAAUGAAUUUGAUAUAAUAAAUAAAAAUUCAAAAAUUGAUGGAAUACUAGAUAAUUAUAAAUCAAGUAUACUGUUGAUAAAUGAGAAUAAUAAUAAUUAUGAGAAUAAAAAUUGGAUUGAUAGUUCAAGUAAUAUACCUUAUGUUGCUUAUGGAUUAAUAUCUUUUGGUUUAUUUAUAAUUUUAAAGGCUGUUGUUGAUUAUUAUAAAGUUAAACAAUUGGAAAAAGUCAUUUUAAAUCCAAAUACAAAUAUAGUAGUGGAACAACCGCAACAAUCUCAAUCGCAAGAACAAAAUCAAGAACAACAACAACAGCCAAAUACUGACUAA